GCUUGAUUCGCAGUACUAUGGCUAGUUAUGGGGUUUAAAGCAUAUUUUGGCUGGUUUGUCCUUUUGGUCCUUCUACCGUUCCUACACGUACUCAUAGAGCCUUUAGAGCCUUUGUUGACGGGUGAGCUCCAGAAAGUCCAGAAUCUCGUCGAUGGUCUCGAGAUUACUAUACCUAUCUACGUCAAAUUUGGAGACGCCGGGUUGCACUUGCCAGAUUUGAUAGAUGCAGCCCAGAUCCAAUUGGAUUCGGAACUUGCCACAUACAACACGAGUCUCAAGUUCAAGCUUGUGGAUAACCUAAAGGAGCCACCAAUGGAUCCCAACUGUGAGGAAAUACAACUUGAAGAUGACUACGUGUUGAUAUUGCAUCUCGGCAGUUCCGAUUCCGCCAUCAUUCACCAGCGGUUUCUGCACGUGGUGCUCAUCUACAUGCUCAGCACCGUCCACUCGAACGACUUGCCGUAUUUCGUGGUGCAGACGUUGUUGGACUAUUUGCUAUAUGCUGAUUUACAUCCUUACCAAUAUGAGGAACUUGAUGAGCAGAUUCCAAUUGAAGUCAUCCAAGUGAGCAGCGGCUCAGGCAAUUCGUACGAGGCGGUGGCGGAAAUGUGUUCUGAAGGCUUCAAUCGCUUUUCAAACAAUAUAUUCAAUGUGACUGCAAAAUACUCCAAGGUUGCAAAACUGCAAGUGAGUCCUCAACCCCACCGAUUCUACUUCGAGGUCCUUGAUACAGGUACCCCCAAGACUGAGGAACUACCUGCUGGAAUUCCUAACGAUUCGGUGUUCCAGUUGGUUUUACCGGCUGAUUCCAUGCUCAACAACGAAACCACAGGCAAAUUCGAGGCUUUUUUCGAUGAUAUCUACGCUAGCUUGGCCCUGGAGCUCCCGGUACUGAUUCACCCUUCAAACAACGUCAACAUCCGUUUGGGGGCUCUUCUCAAGCAUUCAGUGCUUCGGAACAUCAACAAAAUCUUGGAUAGAUUGGCCCAGAAUCCACAUCACCCGGCCCAAAAACCCAUUCUCGCCAACGUCAGGGGCUUUAUAAGCCAGCUCCAGCAGUAUCCCGUACCAUGGAAGCGUCUCCAUCAAGAAACUACCAACACCCUCAAAUCCACAUGUUUAUAGAAUGCCAAUACAAAAGGUCGCGAAAUGCGACCCAAACUUGUUCUUCACAUCAACUAAUAUGUCACACAACCCUGAUGAACCCACGGCCGGAACCGAUGACAGCGACAUGAGCGACGUCAGUUUGGACGAAGAAGAUGAAGAGAUCAUCGGCCGCGUGUUGUAUGGCUCGAUUGCCCACCAGACAGAUGAUGAUGUACUUCGUAUUUCCGACGACGACCACAGCAGCGCCAGCGACAUAUCGGAUACCGAACUCGAGCAGAUCAAUGACCCGGCGCUCGUGUCGCGGUACAAGCGUCUUCGUGAAAUGAAGGUCGACAAGGACCUUGGCGAGGAAGAACGCAAGCGCUUGAUCAUGGCCAACUUUAAUAAUGAUCAGAUGGACCGGUUUGAAGCGUACCGUCGUAGUACCAUCAACAAGCCCGGGGUGAAGAAAAUCUGUAACGGGGUGCUAGGCCACUCGAUUCCUCCGCACCUUGCGAUCAUUCUCGCGGGGUUGUCGAAACUGUACUUGUCGGAGAUCAUCACCAAGGCCUUUGAAGUGCAAGAGCGAGAGAACAAGGCCAAGUUGAUCAUGGACAUAGAGGGCAAGAAAAAGCGCAAGCGCCAGACGCUUCGGAACAUAGAGAACGGUAAGGAUAUCGAGGUGAGUAAUUCGAGGCUCACGUACGACGGAGACACCCAGAGCCCGUUGAGGCCAGAGCAUAUUCGGGAGGCCAUUCGGCUUUAUCGCCAUGAGAACAGCAGUGCAAUCCAGGCCCAGUGGCGGGCGCAGGGCGACGCUGACGGGUGGUUGUUUCGGUAAUAUGGUAAUUAAUGCAUAAGUAGACUACUUCAGUCAU